GUCCAGUAGUCUUAUGUUACUAUGCGCUGGCGAAAUCUGUCACGGCUCCACUUCAGUAGCUUGCCAACAGGAGAAACGCGAACCCGCGAAACCUCUCCGACGCUAAUUCGUCGCAUCGGAUUGGCGUGACGGCGGUAAUUUAGGGCUCAUCUCAGGGAAACCUCCGCCUUGCUAAUGCGUUAUGUAAAGCUAGUUGCGAAAUAGUUUGAUGUUGGAGGCUGUAAUUUAUACGAUCGUUUCCACUUAAUCUCUUCGGGUCGCUUCUUCUUUCAACGCCCGCCGGGGUAGAUGAAGACAUCGCAAAAGCACGAUGUUAUUUAACGUUAGAAGGCCAAACGGGGUCUUUGAGAUGACCCGAGGCGACCUUUUACGGGGACAGUUUCACUUUCGGGAUGGGAAUACUCCACACCCAGCUGGAACAUGACUGCCGAACCUGUAUCCUUUUGCCAUUCUACAGCAAUGUCGUGCGUAAUGGGUUGCCCGUGCUGCCCGAUUGGGCUCUAUCCAUCAGUGGGGGGGUGACCAUGGAGGAGCUGGAAGAGGAACUGACGUGCCCAAUCUGCUGCGGUCUCUUCGACGACCCGCGGGUUUUGCUGUGCUCGCACAGCUUUUGCAAGUCGUGCCUGGAGGGGCUGUUGGAAGGGAGCCGAGGUCCGGCUUUCAGAACACCCUUCAAAUGCCCCACUUGCCGCAAAGAGACGCCCCACAACGGCGCAAACAGCCUGCAGAUAAACUAUUCUCUGCGGGGAAUAGUGGAAAAAUACGGCAAAAUACGAGUGAUGCCUAAAAUGUCUGAAUGUAAACAACACUGCGGUCAGCCACUCAACAUAUUUUGCGCUACGGACUUAAAUCUCAUUUGUGGGUUUUGCGCAACGACAGAUGACCACCGAGGACACACAUACUGCUCAUUGGAGGAGGCGUACCAGCGAGAGAGGGAGGCGUUUGAAGUGCUGCUUCGCGUGAAGAGCUGGCAGAGCGCAGACGUCCUGUCCUGCCUGGAGACACUGCAAGCCAGAAAGAAAAAGGCGCUUAUGUCCGUGACCAAGGACGCAGAAAAGGUGUUAGAAUAUUUCGACAAACUCAUCAGUACCAUCGAAUGCAAGAAAAACGAAAUCCUCUCCGACUUUGAAACCCUGAAGCUGGUGGUGUUGCAAGAAUACGACCCGGAGAUCACCAGGCUGCGCGCAGCGAUCGAGGAGCACGGGCGUGCGCUCGGCAUCGCGGAUUCUUUCGGGGGCGUCUCCGACCCCCUGUGCUUCCUGCAGCAGAUGCAGGAGUUUCGGGCCAAGCUGAAGGUUCUUAAGGAGACCCCGUUGCCCUCUCGGAAAGACGCCCAUGUCGGCCCCCUUGUGCGCAAUUUCGAUGUGAAAAAGUGGGAUUCUCUGAGGCUCGGCGAAGUGGACAAGAUCUCGGUGCCGCACGAGAACGGCUCCUACCGAACCGGGGGCUCCCGGGUGACGGUGCCACGGUGGAUCGCCCUGAACACGGUUCUGUUACUGUCGACUCUGCUCCUGCUGCAGCCGCACAAACUCGCAGCUUACGUGCCCUCGCAGAUUGAACCAUUGCUUAGUGCCGUUUCCUCGCACGUGACCCACACCGGCGUGUACCUGCGGGAGUUGACUGGCAUGUACACAAGUCUGAUCGGUGCAGGUCAGGAAUGUAUCGGGAACUUGAUCAAAUCUGCUGUCAGUUUUUUCUUUAAUGAUGAUGAUUUAUUUUAAGCCCAUUCAACGAUAGGGACAGACAUGCGCAUAGUUCCACAACUCACUUAUGCUUGUCUUCAUUUUGUUUGACCAAGCCUCAACCUCCAACGAAGCCAUAGAAUCAAAUCUUACUAUGCAAAAGUUGUAGCGUCUCUUUAUAUCAGAUAGAAUUCAUCGAUCUCUUUGUUUAAGUACACGGCCAUGGUGAUCUUGAUAAAAUAAAACAGAUUUGAGUCACA